GUAAUAUUGUAUAGUAUGACGUAUACAACGAAUCGAUUAUUGAUUGAGAGGAUAGUCGUAGUAAGGGCGAUCAAUAAGGAGGCCAGUACAGGUGCAGGCAGAAGAAACAUGGCAGGCGUUCUACUUCGAAGCCUUCACAAUUUGGAAACUUCAGACGAACCUACCGCUAAGUGGACUGUUCCUUUGAGUGACGGUAAUCAUGUGGUAGAAUUUGAACAUGGAACAGCAACAGGCCGACGUAUAGUAAAAAUCGAUGGCAAGAAUGUAGUUCAUAGAGAUUGGAUGUUUCGUCUGGUUGGUGAUGAAGUUUUUAUGUUCAACAAUACCAAAUUCGUGAUCAGAGUCGAUCCAAUGCCAGGUUUGAAAUAUUCUUAUUCGUUGUGGGUGAAUGGAAAGAGUUAUAAGCAAUUUAUUCAGUCGCAAUCAAAAAUAUUAGAAACUUGGUUGGCCAAAGUUGGAAACGAAGAAUAUAGAAUUGUAUUAGAUAAACACGCUCAUAGCGUUUGGGUGAAUGGACAAGAAGUGGAAGUUGAGAACGAGUUCAUGGAUGGUGGCGCAGAAAUUCUUUUCUCUAUUGGCGACUUACCGGCCGCGAUCAGAUCUUAUAGUUCGGAACAAAAAGAGAUUGGUAUAGCAUACGUUUUAUACAUCAAUGAUGUCGAAAUACAACAAGAAGCUUUAUUGGAAGAAUCCUAAUUAAAGUGUUAAAGUGUUAACUUGUCCAAAUAAAUUUUUUAUAUUUCAUAUUAAUCAAUAAGUACAUACAAGCACAUCGUCAAUAAUCAUAAACUAUAAUUGUAUUAUGAAAUGUGUAAAUCAAUACUAGUGUGAAGCACAAUAAUUUUAAUACAAAACUUCUAUUUCUGUAUUAAAUAUUCAAAUUUGAUUAGCACUGCCGUG